AGAAAAAGAAAAAAAAAGAAGACCAAAAUACUGGUAGCCACUAACUCCGUUCAAUACACCAAUCUCUGCAGUCUGCCCUCGCAUCCGCCGUCUUUCCGACCGGUGACUGUUUCAAAGGCAAAGACCCACCAAAGGCGCUCGGCGAUUGGAUCAAACAUGACGAGCGUUCUACAAAGCCACCCUCGUAAUUGGUUAGGCAUUCAAGAGAAUUCAUUCAGGAACAGAGUUGAUAAGGUUCAAACUUUUGGAUAUUCAGCCCUGUGUUUUUCUCCUGGAGUAUCAACUUUUGCACAGGGUCAAUAUCUUGUGAGUGGUUACCAUGGAAGGGCUUUCCAUUCUAGGCCUGUAUUUUCAAGUACAAUGGAUGAUGGUAUUGAUCCAAGUGAUUCAGAAGGCAGCAACUCUGAGGAAGAAGCUUCCCAAAGCGAAACUGGAGGGGUAAAUAAUGAAUUUUUCCGUGAGGAUUUGGAAAGAAUUGUUGGCGCAGAUGAUUCAACCUUCAGCGGGAUAGACCUUGCAACUCUUAUUAGGAACAAAUAUGGGAGGUCCUACGACGUGCAGCUAAUAAAAAAGGAGUUCUUGGGAAGAAAUCUCCUCGCACUGAAUGUCAUGUGGAAAUACAUGGAGCAGAGAUCCUUUCCUCUGACGGAAGAAGAGUAUCUACUGAGGCUUGAUGAUGUUGCAAACACUUUGAAAUGUUGGGGUGCAGUCUCACAUAUUCGGAAUAGCCUAGCCAAGCUGAAGGAACGGCCUCGAAUCGGAAAGGCAGUUAGUAUUUUCAUUGACAUGGAUGAAUCUGGAGGCCGUGCCAAUGAGUGGAUUUACAAGUGAAUAGUUUCUUUAGAGCCAGAUUUAUGCAUCUGAUUCCUCCAUUCCUGUUUAGCAUGAUAGAAAUCUAAUCCUCAGAAAAGAAGUUCAUCAUCUGUCUUUCCCCGUUGAAGUUUCUGAGUUCAUUCAAUUCACUAUCUGAUACCUAGGAAACGUUUAAAGCUGAUUACUUUAGGGAAGUGUUAAAGCAAAACAAGAGAGAAAGAAGCUACGCUGCAUGGUAUUUUUUCUGUGGGUCAUUGUUCUGUUCGUCAAUCCUGUGGGCAUACAAGCAAGUGCUGAGAUAUUCCUAUUGUAAAUUACAUUCAGGCUUCAACUUCCUUUUUUUCAAUGCAAGAGGUUAGAUUCUUUAUCCUUUGUAAUUUUACAGUUAUUAUAUAAAUUAUUUGGAUGCCUUUCUCUUAUGUAAGAAGUUAUAUCCCUUGUAAUUCUUCUAGGUAAUUCCUUGUUAUCUGGUUGCAUGGCCAUUUUCAUUUUGG